GGGACGACUCGUCAGCAAACAGUACCAGGCCUCCCCGGCCAUAUGCUUGUCCUUCUGGUACGCAAUGUAUGGCUCAACGAUGGGAAGCCUGUCUGUUUUCGUGUAUAAUACCGCUGGACGUACUAGACUGUGGUCGCGCUCGGGUGACCAAGGUCAGGAAUGGAGAAAGGCCGAGAUGUCAAUCAGCAGUCAUCUGUUCUUUAAGAUCGUGUUUGAAGGGGUUCGUGGCAGCAGUUACCAUAGUGACAUAGCACUUGAUGACGUCAGCGUGAUAUACGGAGGUUGUGGGUAACCAUUUAUCAGCAAGGCUGCACUCCUGAAAUGGCAGGUGUUGAAGGUUUCUACGAUGUAAUGAUUUCUCAUGCGAUUUUAGACUCCCUCAGUGUCUAAGCUUUACUGAAUGACCUCUCGAACAUCAUAUUAACAUUCUAUAUAACCAUAUUUGAUAGAUUUUCUAAGGUGUAUGUAAAACAUGCAUCAAUUAAACUUCCUACUAUUUUUCAUCAACUAUCUUGAUAUUUUCACUCAUUGUGCGUUGUGUUAUUUACAUAUAAUGUGAGCCCAGUAAAAUGUGAUUCCUUGUUUGAUUAAGGGACUGAAAUGAGCAAUCAUCCUAUCUAAUCUAUCUACAAGUCAAACCUAAUUUCAUUGAUCUACAAAAGCCGUUUGGGGUACAUUCACUAUGUCAUGUACCUUUUGUUUACACCAAUUAUUAUUAUUUUUUGGUCCCACCUCCUAGCUUUGUAAAGAUAAACAUGGGGAAGUGAAGGCUUGAGUACAUAAAAGAAAACAACGCCUUUUUGGUUUAUGAUAUUCAAAUAUUUGUUCAGGCUUUAAAGAGUUUACAGUGUCCAAAGUGCAAAUCCUUCGCAAAAUAAACACUCAGUUUUUCACAAAAGUGUGCGUUUUAAAGUCUUGGUUACUUGGUUACAAUUCGGCGAAACUCCCGCACUGGAAGAUUUUCUUUUGAAGUAGUGAACCGGAGCCUUCGCGCGCCGAUGAGAGCUUUUUUUCCCGAGACAUGUUUUUAAGGUUGAUAGUUACUCUUGGGUGGCUGUCGGGUUCUUUGACAUCGCCUAUAACUUCGUCUCGACAAGAGAUGAGACACCAUGAAAUCCUUAAAGACCCUUCAACGGCUGCCGCGGACAGAAUUAUUGCAAUAAAUGAAGAUGCUGACGAAUCACCAGAUCUCUUCGAAGGCGACAUUGAGCUGACGCCAGACGAGGUUUCCUUGCUUAGCAGCCAGACCUUUGAUGACGUCACUAAGCGUAACGCACAUCUCCAUCGCCAAGGGCUAUGGAGAGCACGCACGAUCCCGUAUGAAAUAGACACCGUACUAGUUAACAAAGGUUUCAAAGAUUCUAUAGCCUCAGCGGCUCAGGCCUUCCAUACCGGGACUUGCUUACGAUGGGUAAAACGCUCUAACGAGAAAAACUGGAUCCUGUUUAAAUACGGACAGGCGUGUAAGUCGAGGGUUGGCAAAACGUGGUUGACGGAAGGAGCCCAGGGUAUCACCCUGAGCGAUGGCUGUAACCGCUCUGGGACCAUCAUACACGAGAUGAUGCACGCAAUUGGCUUCUGGCACGAACAGUCGAGACCUGAUAGAGACCAGCACGUGGAGGUCAUGUGGGAGAACAUCGAACAAGGACAAGAGCACGAGUUUGCCAAAUAUGGGCAUGACAUGAUUGACACGCUAGGGGUGGCUUACGACUAUGAGAGCGUGAUGCAUUAUGGUCGCCAAAGCUUCAGUAAGAAUAAAAAAGCCACAAUACAGGCUCUUGGUGACCCGACUAGGGGACUGGGACGAACUGACGGACUUAGCUCCCUUGAUAUCAUGAAAAUCAACCUUCUUUAUGAUUGCAAGAGGGCUACGGGUGGUUGGACCUCGUGGUCUCGGUUUACGCCAUGUGACCGCCAGCUAUGUGAGAAGUAUCGCCAGCGUUUCUGCACCUCAGAGGACCCCAGCUCUUGUCCAGGUGCUCAGAUAGAAAUCCAUCAAUGCAGCGACCAAGAGUGCAACGCACCAAUCGACGGACACUGGGGCCGCUGGGGAUCAUGGUCAGCUUGCUCUGUGUCAUGUGGUCAGGGCUCCUACACCAGAACGAGGCGGUGCGAUGACCCUGCGCCAUCACAUGGCGGGAAACCUUGCAUAGGACUUAACAAGGGUAGACAAGCGUGUGACGACGGAAGCUGUGACUUGGGCAUAUAUGAUUGUGAUUUCGAGAAAAGCGAGCUCUGUAACUGGCUUCCAAAGCAGACUGUGUAUAAACUUAAAUGGCAACGUACGCAGGGUGUUACUCCGUCUUCAGACACUGGACCACAGGGAGACCACACAUCUGGGUCAGGACAUUACUUAUUUGUCGAGUCAUCUCAUGCGAAAUUAGGAGAACAAGCGAUCAUAAUAAGUCCCGAGAUUCCACCUGACACGCGCCAGUGCGUCCACUUCUGGUACAGCAUGCACGGGGCUGACAUGGGCCGCCUGGACCUGCUAGUGUACGACGAAGUGGCGGGGUCAGGACAAAGUUUAUGGAGCAAAGAGGGCGAGCAAGGGAUGGACUGGGGAGAGGGAAAGGUGGAGAUAGCACCGCGGGGACACGUCUACAAGGUUGCGUUUCAAGCAACGAUUUCUGUUGAGCGGGCAUAUCGAAGUGAUUUUGCUCUUGAUGAUAUAAAAAUUGAGCCAUGCAAAAGGCCUCCAACAAAAGCGAAACCGCCAACAACAACGCCAUCAAAGGCAACAGCACCAAUAUCAGAUCCAAUGACAACAACAACACCAACAACAACUAAGGCAACAACACCCACAACAACAAAGGCAACAGCAUCAACACAAACGGCAGCAGAGGCAAAUACAUUCCUAUCAACUCAGAAGACAGAUGCGACAACAUCACAGUCAACUUCAACGACAGAGGCAACAAAAUCACAAACAACAAAGGCAACAACAACAUUAUCAACUUCAACAACAAAGGCAACAACAACAUCAUCAACUUCAACAACAAAGGCAACAACAACAUUAUCAACUUCAACAACAAAGGCAACAACAACACCAUCAACUUCAACAACAAAGGCAACAACAUCUACAGCAGUAGAGGCGACCACAUCACCUGCGGCAACAGAGACAGCGCCACCAACUACGACAGAGUCACGGUCAACCAAUAAAGCAACGACAAUACCAACGAUAAUAGAUGAUUUCUGCGACUUUUCUACGAAAAAGUGCGACUGGAGAAAUGACUAUACAAAUUCGCAUUCCCCCGAUAAGUAUGUGUUCGACUGGUGGCGAACUAAUAUGCCAACAACGAGUGCUAACACUGGACCAGCUGCUGACCAUACCACGGGCUCUGGGUAUUAUAUCUACCUGGAGGGCUCCUAUCCUUAUCAACAGGGCGACAAAGGUCGACUGGUCAGUAGACGAUACCCUCGCAGGCCUGCGAUCUGCCUGAAGUUCUGGUAUCACAUGUACGGUAAAGCAAUGGGAUCUCUCAGAGUGUACGUCAAGAAUGAAGCUGGAGUUUACAAGCUUUGGGAGAUUGACGGUAACCAAGGUAACGAAUGGCAUGAGGCAAGCAUAAUGUUUGGAAGUGAAUCUCCAUUUGAGAUAAUGAUUGAGGGUGAGCGAGGCACGGGCUAUACAAGUGAUAUCGCGCUAGAUGACCUCCGAGUCAAGGAGGGGGCGUGUCAAAUAGUAUGGUUCCCAUAGCAACGAAAUUGGCGGGCAAUGACGUGUAUUCAGAUUUAACAAAAAAUACUUGAUCGAUUGAAAUGGUGUCAACAGCGAAGGAUCUCUCAAGACAGGAAUCCUAUGAAUCAUUUAUGUUAGCAAUAAAUAAAUCAACAUCGUAUGAUUAA